AGCCCAGGAUAUUGCAGAGCGCACUGGAGCCUUGGCCAGCGCGCAGCUUUCCCCGGCGCCGGCAAGCUGGGUCUUGGGAAUUCUGGUUUGUUUUGGCUCACUGGCUUUCACAAACUGCUGGAUUUUACAUGCCUCUGUAGCCCCCACUUCCACUCCAUGUCCCCAUGCUGCUGCGCCAGCAACAGGACGUGUUCUCUGGAUGGCAAGCUGAGUUACUAAGGUGACUCUGCAUGUCAGUAGACGGACUGUGAUAGAACCUUAAGGCUCCCGGAGACCACAUCUCUCGUUAUUAUUAUUUUUUUUUGUGUGUGUCCUCACUGAACAUUCAAAACUGUUUCUCCAAAGGGUUUUGCAAAAACUCAGACUGUUUUCCAAAGCAGAAGCACUGGAGUCCACAGCAGAAGCGAUGGGCAGUGUGCGGACCAACCGCUAUAGCAUCGUCUCUUCGGAAGAGGACGGCAUGAAGUUAGCCACCAUGGCGGUUGCCAAUGGCUUUGGGAACGGUAAGAGUAAAGUCCACACUCGACAGCAGUGCAGGAGCCGCUUCGUGAAGAAAGACGGCCACUGUAAUGUUCAGUUCAUCAACGUGGGUGAGAAGGGACAACGGUACCUCGCAGACAUCUUCACCACGUGUGUGGACAUCCGUUGGAGGUGGAUGCUGGUCAUCUUCUGCCUGGCCUUCGUGCUCUCGUGGCUGUUUUUUGGCUGCGUGUUUUGGUUGAUAGCUCUGCUCCACGGGGAUCUGGAUGCCUCGAAAGAGAGCAAAGCUUGUGUGUCUGAGGUCAGCAGUUUCACGGCCGCCUUCCUCUUCUCCAUUGAGACCCAGACCACCAUAGGCUACGGCUUCAGGUGCGUCACGGACGAAUGCCCCGUCGCCGUCUUCAUGGUGGUGUUCCAGUCGAUCGUGGGCUGCAUCAUCGACGCCUUCAUCAUCGGGGCGGUCAUGGCCAAGAUGGCAAAGCCGAAGAAGAGGAAUGAGACGCUUGUCUUCAGUCACAACGCUGUGAUCGCCAUGAGAGAUGGCAAGCUGUGUCUGAUGUGGCGCGUGGGCAACCUGCGGAAAAGCCACUUGGUGGAGGCUCACGUCCGAGCACAGCUCCUCAAAUCCAGAAUCACAUCCGAAGGGGAAUACAUCCCCCUGGAUCAAAUAGACAUCAAUGUCGGCUUUGACAGUGGAAUCGACCGUAUAUUUCUGGUGUCCCCGAUCACGAUCGUCCACGAGAUAGAUGAAGACAGUCCUUUAUACGAUCUGAGUAAACAAGACAUUGACAAUGCAGACUUUGAAAUCGUGGUGAUACUGGAAGGCAUGGUGGAAGCUACUGCCAUGACAACGCAGUGCCGCAGCUCCUAUCUGGCAAAUGAAAUUCUCUGGGGCCACCGCUAUGAGCCUGUACUCUUUGAAGAGAAGCACUACUAUAAGGUGGACUAUUCAAGGUUCCACAAGACUUACGAAGUCCCCAACACACCCAUUUGUAGUGCCAGAGACUUAGCAGAAAAGAAAUACAUCCUCUCGAAUGCAAACUCAUUUUGCUAUGAAAAUGAAGUUGCCCUCACCAGCAGAGAGGAAGAUGACAGUGAAAAUGGAGUGCCAGAAAGCACUAGUACGGACACACCCCCUGGCCUGGAUCUUCACAACCAGGCAAGUGUACCUCUAGAGCCCAGGCCCUUACGGCGAGAAUCGGAGAUAUGACUGACUCAUUCCUUCUCUGGAAUAUUUACUUUAAAACAGUCUGUUGGUCAAAGGCCCAAAACAGUUAUUCAGACGACGGUACUGGUGAAGAGGUCGGUCAAGGCAAGUGGCCACAAGGGACUGAGGCUAGCACAAUGGCUUCCAAGAAAGACUGUAAGCUCGAAGAUGAACAUAAAGCACUAAACAUGCCUCCCCGGGACCCGAUGGCACAUACGUGUUGUAGAAUAAGUUAUGGGGUUUUUAUGUUUUGUUUUGUGUUUUUUACAAAACUUGAACUUGCAGGCAAGCCUUGGUUGGGUAUUUGACUUAUCCAGAAUGCUUCUCUUUAGGGAACAAGAAUGUUUUUAAUGGCAUAACAAAGGCAAGACUCUGCCUUAAUUUUUGAAAAGCUGCUAACUACAUGAACACAAAUGAUAUUUUUGUUGUAGUGUAGUUUUUCUCUGUGUAAUUUAAAAGUCAGUGUUGAACUUUGUUGAAAGCUCAUGAUAUGCACUUCAAAGUGGCAAGUAUUUGGCUAUUAGCUGCCAAAAUGAGAGCCUGAUUUUUUGAGGCCAGUAAUUUGUUUGCUAGAAUUGAUUUCUCUCUCUCCGUCCCUCCCCGCCCCCCUCUCUUUCUCUCUCCCUGGUUACAUAAGGGCAUUAUGUAACACUAGCCAAAUGGUAGCCUCUGGGUUGGGAUUUAUUUUUCUUUUCCUCCAUGAUGUUAAUGGGUUAUCUAAAAUUUUAACUUAGACUACCUAAAAUAAAUACCAAAGAUAAUGCACAUUUUUGCACAGUGGAGCUUAUAGUAAAAAGGGAGGAAAGCCCCAUGGCUGCCUUGGAAUCAAGAGACAGUAACUUUGAACCUCAGCAGGACCUUGAACUGCCCUCUGCUUUUGCACCUUAUUCAGAAAAUUGAACAUCAUGCACACAGAAUCUAGUAAAUGUAGUGGUUUUUAAAACUUGGUUCUUUCAUACAACUUUCAUGUUAUAGGAGAAAGGAGAAAUGGAAAGUAAAAUUCACACACACACACACACACACAGAAAAAAAUAAAAAAUAUAUACACAUCUUUUCUUUCCUGCGAGGUAGUGCUGGCCAGGGUAACAUAUAAGGUGAGAAGUGGUGAUGUGCUCUUAGAUUUUUCUGGAUUUUUCCCUUUCUGCACAUUCCAAAAUGUAUUCCAUAGGUUAAGAACUAGGUUGAAGUUAGUUGGCAUCCUAAAAAUCGAGCCAUCCAACAUGAAAGAUAAAAUAGGUUUAAACCCUUGCGGCUGAAAUUGUUGCCCUGUCAGGACAUUUCCAGCCUGACUUUGCCUUCAAAAAGAUGCCACGCCUGGCCUCUAGGCUGGUUCUUCUGAUCAGUCUGUCUGGAGUGAGUCCCGCAGCAUCUGGGAGGGCUGCAAAUGCCGAAGUGGGGAGGUGGUGAGACCGGGACUAGUCGCUUUGAUGUAGCUCAUCAGCUCAAGUAUUCAGGAGGGAGAGGAAAGUUCUUUUUUUAAUGGUAGAGGGAAAGAAUGAAAACGUCUCAGUAUUUCAGGGUCAGCAAAAGCCAUAAAAAACAUAACACAGUCCCACAUAAAGGGAAUAAUGGUCCAAAAGAGUUUUCUCCUUUAUGUGUGCAUGCUCCUGAUUGAAUCUGAGCUGAUCCUGUCACCUACGGAGCCCGAGAGCAGAUCGCUCAAGACACAUUACUUUCUAGAAAUCUCUCCUCCUGCCUGGCUGCCUGCCUUGCUAGAAACAUGCUUUUUUUUUUUUUUGUAUUUUCUGUCCUAGUUCACUAAUGGAACUCUUUUUUUUUGGUUUGAAGGUUCUUAUCUGUGAAUUCUGGGAUUGCUGACUUUUCCUUUCUCAUUGGAAUCUCAAAAUCAACUCUCGUAUGGUAUUAUUUCCCUGUAUGCCAUUAAAAAACAGCUUGUUCUAGCAUCCUGUAUUUCGUAAACUGGUGUUCGUGAUGGUCUCUGGUUCUUCAGCAGCCAUAUCUGAAUGCAGUGCCUGCAAUAAGAUGACAGUUUCUGCUGUUCUCAGCCUUCAAAGUUGGUGGGUUUGAAACUGUGGCAUUGCUUUCACUGUAACCAAGGUGAGAUGUCAAGAUGGAUGCUAUUUUAAAUCCACAUUUAAAGGCAGGGUUGGGAAGUUGCUUAGCGUUGGAGGAACUGGGAUUGAGGAGACAAGGGAACUGACAGAAGAGGUAACAAUUUGGCCGUUGACAGGGAGAGGGUAUCGAGGGCUUCAGCUGCUGCUAUUAUGAUAUUUUGCAAAGGAAAAUAAUCAAACCAAAGAGUAUUCAGUGAUAUAUAAAUUAAAUGAAGAUACAGUGCAGAAGGGGGGUGACCACAAAGAAGGUUCUCCCUCACCCCGAACACAAGUGCUGCCACUCAAAAAGACUUGAGCUCUUUGACAGGGGGUGGGGAAAUGGGUAAAAGGAGGGAGAGAAUUCUUUUAACUCCUUUGUGAAAAAAGAGAAAAAAAAUCUAACAUUUCUGGUGCACAGGUUUGUUUUGUGUUUUUUUUUUCAAGAAAAUUUUGCAGAAGCUAUGUUUUUAAAGUGUACAUUUUAUAAAGUUUAUCAGAUAUUUUCAUAUUUAAAGCCAAAUGUAAAUAGACGUCUGUAAAGGAUAAACACAUCGCCAUAGAAAGUGUAAUUUCAGUGCAGCCAUUUCUGAGAGCUAGUACCUAGAUGCUACCGGUUAGCAUGGUUUUAGCAAAUAUUUACCAGCCUUAUAAGGUUCGUACUGCUAUGUUCCUCUGUUAUUUAUUUCAGCAUGGACUGUUCAUUUGAAAGCUUUUUUCUAGUUACUAGUAUUUUAACAGUUACAAGCGUUAAAUGGCAAUUUUCUUUCUUUCUUUCCUUUUUUUUUGUCAAGAGCCAAGACACACGUAAAUGCACAACAUUUUUUUGUUGCAUUUUACCUUCAAAACCUUUGUCCUUAAUGACUGGGUCUCCUUAAUUAGUGCCCAUACGUCAUUGGAGUGAAGAUUCAAGAGACUCACCGUGAAUAUCUGGGGUCUGUUCCGGGGUACGUGUUGCUUUUCUAUUGCAAGCUAAUCCCCUUUGAAUUUAUUUAGAAAUGAUUCCCUUUUAAAGAGUUUUUGCCCAUCUCUGGAAGGGCAUUAUAUUUUUGAGGAGAAGGCAUAGAGUUCUGGUUAUCCUAUUUUUAAAUAAAAGGCAGACAAAGUGAAUUCUAUUUUGAUUAUUGAGAAGUGAAUAGUUUUCUAUCCCUCUAAGAGUAUACUUGAAUCAGACAUUUUAAGGAUGUCGUUAUAGCACUGUAGUCAUUUCCAAAUUCCUAGAGAAAGUUUGUUUUCCCUUUUUUUUACUUUAUUUUACUAACGCAAUUAUUUCUUCCCUGUACUCCUUUUCGCCCUAUAAACUCGCGUCUCACACCCUGAUGUUUCUUCGAUGAACUCUGUCCCCCAAAUCACAUUACCCUUGCAGAUAACAAAUGACAGUUUGUGUUUUAUAAUAUGCCACUGAGUAAAGGCGAAAGGCUUGUUCUGAGAAGUAGAGUGAGUUCUUUUUCACUCUGUCUAGUAAUGUUAAGGUGAAAAAAAAGUGUUGGGCAAUCACCUUCCUCCCCCAAUAGGAUCUCUUUUCUAGUUAUGUUGGAUUUCAGCUCUGGGUUCCGGUGAGUUGAACAAUCCUGGCCUUGGACAAUCGUGAUAGUUAUUAUUUUUCCCGUUUGCCGUCUUUUUGUAUCUUAAAGUCUUCCUAUUGUACUGCACAAAUCAUGGAUUGUACAUAUUUUUAUAUAUUAUGUCUUAUUUUAUUAUUUCUAAAUAAAAAAUAAAAAGUUGAA